UGGAGUGGGGGUGGGGGCGAGCAGUUAGCAGCCAAGGAGCUCAGACCACAGACCACCACACUGAAGGGCAUGGCCCUCCACCCUGUCCCGAGGAAGGUGGGGAUCGUGGGCUACGGCCGCCUCGGACAGUCCCUGGUCUCCCACUUGCUGACUCAGGGACCAGAACUGGGCCUAGAACUUGUUUUUGUCUGGAAUCGUGACCCAGGACGAAUGGUGGGGAACGUGCCCCCUUCCCUACAGCUCCAGAAUCUCGCCGCCCUUGGGGAGAGGCACCCUGACGUUGUGGUGGAAGUGGCUCAUCCCAAAAUAAUCCACGAAUCUGGGGCAGAUAUCCUGCGCUAUGCCAAUCUCCUGGUGGGGUCCCCCUCAGCUCUGGCUGACCAGGCCACAGAGCAGCAGCUCUUGGAGGCCUCGCAUCGCUGGGGCCAUGCUGUGUUUGUGGCCCGGGGGGCCCUCUGGGGCACUGAGGACAUCGCCCGAUUGGACGAAGCCGGGGGCCUCCAGAGCCUCCGUGUCACCAUGGCCACACACCCCGACGGCUUCCGGCUCGAGGGACCCCUGGCUACAGCGCACUGCACCGGGCCUCGAACUGUGCUCUAUGAAGGCCCUGUCCGCAGGCUCUGUCCCUUUGCCCCCCGAAACUCCAACACCAUGGCAGCCGCUGCCCUGGCCGCCCGCAGCCUGGGCUUCGACCGAGUGAUUGGGGUGCUUGUGGCCGAUUUCAGGCUGCUGCCAGCUCCCCUCCAAGCCGGGGAUCCAUCUCUGCUGAGAAGCGUCCUCCUUCCCAAGGGGACAUCCUCAUCUCAUUAUUUACCUCCCACCACCACCACCGUCCCGCUGCUGCCCUGGCCUCAGUGUCCCCACACCUCCCUCCUGUCUCAGUAAAUACUGGAGGCUCUUCUCCCUGAGUGGUCUGGUGUCUGAUCACUUGUUUGCCUUCUUUGAUGUCACGCUUUGUUUUCACACCAGGCACGACGCCACCACAGGCAGAGGGCAUACAGGGGAGCAACACCCCUGAAAACUAUCGCGAGAACCUACUCACUACAUUUCCCAGCAUCUUUCGAGGAGCAGGGGGGCGUGGAAGUGUGCGAAAGAGAGGGCCGCCUCAGGGCACAUUCCCGGGACUCACCGCAGGGGCCGACGGAAG